AUGGCGGGAUUGAUGACCGUGUCGUGGGCGGCGGCCGAGUUGCGGGCGGCGGUAGUGGGGGCUUUGAGUGGGGGUGGGGGUGAGGAUGUGGUGGAGAGGGGGGAGGAGGCAGUGGUGCCGGUGAUGGAUGCGAGUGAGGUGCCUGCUGAUGCGCAUGUCGUCCUGCUGCUGGGUGAGGGCAACUUUUCAUUCGCGCGUGCGUUGGCUGAGCUGCUGCGGCAACACAAGCAGUACCGCGAGCCUGCCUUGUCCCACCCGGGCAAUGCCAACGUCCAGCCCAAUGCCGAUCAAAUUGCUCGAGAACAUGCCCAAGACCAAGCACGAGCAAGACUGCUCAAUGAGUUUCUUGGACAAGAUGCCGUGCCCUUGCUGGACCGAAUUCUUGUCAUUGCAACCUCUUUCGACUCUCAAAAAGAGGUCUUGGAGAAAUAUCCCGAGAGCCGGCCCAUUCUCGACUUUCUCGAAAACCAGCCCUGCUUUCGCGUGUUGCACUGCAUCAACGCGUGGCAAGUGCAUCAACAUUUUGCCAACAUCUCUCUGCAUCACAUUGGCUGGAACCAUCCCCACUUGGGCCAGGAGGACUUCCGCCUUCAUCGAUUUUUGAUGUCGCACCUUUUUGAAAGUCUGCAGCAAACACUCCCGCAGGACGGCCGGGUCACCGUGAGCCUCGUCGAGGGUCAAGUCGAUCGCUGGGACAUUAUCCACCAAGCUGCACAAAAGUCCUUUGAGCUGGUUCUACGGGAUCGCUUUUUGCCGCGCGCUUGGCCCGGCUACGAAACUAAGCGCAACCGAAAUGCCCAGUCGUUUCAAAAUCGCCACACACAGCUUCAUCACCGCAACGACAUGCGCAGCAAUCUGCUCGCCUUUGCGCGGCGGGCUGCCCCUGUUGAUGCUGCUCCGGCCCCGGCCCCCGUCGCCACGGCUCCGGCGGCAGCAACAGAAGCGACGGGAUCAGAGCACGCUUGCCAGCACUGUGGCAAAAUCUUUACGUCGGCGCGUGGCGUCAAGACGCAUACGCGCCAAGUUCACGAACUGCAAAAGUACAAGAAUUGGCAACCCGACCGGACAGCAAACUUGCCCUGCCCCAGCUGCGACAAGUUGUUUACUGAUGACGUUGCGCUGUGGCAACACCGUGUCGCCAAGCACUCUGCCCAUGUGGCUGAAGGCCCCCGUGGCCCAGUCACAGAAAGCAUUGCCCAGGCGCUCACUUCUCCCGAUGUGCACUGGAUCCCUUGUCCCGUUUGUGGACAAGCCAUUCCUGAUCAUUGGCCGAUGGAGCAACAUUUGGAGAUGCUCAAGCCCCUGGUCGGGCAGCGAGCGGCCUGCCUGCAGUGCGAUCGGGUGUUUACGGAACAUCGAGCUUUGGCACAGCACCUCAACUUUUGCCGCACGCCUGACAGCGCGCGGCCACAGGAGCUGAUUCAGGCCAGUCGUCGCUUUCGAAAAGUCGGCCCACAGUCAGCUACCAGCCUUGCAACGGAGCCGCAAUAA